AUGAAGGUAGCCGACAGCCGUCAAAUCCUUCCCUUAAUUUUCCUGCUGCUUGCCCGUUUCUGUACAGCAAGUAAAUUGCAAUACAGCGAACAUCCAGCCCUAUCGCCCAAGCCGCCGGGUAUUGACGCCGUUUCUGUCCUCAAAGCUCGAGAACGACACCAAGACAGCAUAUUCAAUGAAGCAGUCCAUAUCCUGGAUUCUAUGACCACCUCGCCGUCGUGCAACCGCGUCGCAGCAACAAGGCUGGUGGCUUCGUGUCAAACGUUCACAGACGGCAAAGAUAACACACAAGCGGGUGGCCCAGAGAGUCUAGACAUUCUUCGGUCCGUUUAUGCAGCUCGAUUGGCGUUAUGCGAGAUUAAAGGCACCGGUAUCGCAAUUCCUCCCUCAUGCCUUCCCAUUACUGUAUCACCACCCCCGCACAAGAUUCGAUUCGGGUUUGUGAAUCGACACAGAGGCUCUGACGGUUCAUCGGAUGAAAUACCCAAGGAUUUGCUGGAGCAAUGUCUCAAGACUCUCGAAUCACGUCCCCAAUGGUGGACAUCGUACAGCAACAGCCGACAAAAUGCCCUCGUUAUAUGUCACGCGUCACGAAUUGAGACGGAAAAGCAGGAACUUCUUGACUUGCAUCGAUCAAUUGCUAAAAGCAGUCUCAAACUCAACGAUGGUCUCCAAGAAGCUUUGCAAAAUGCAGCUGCGCAGUCUGAGCAACAAACGGCAUUCAUGCAAGCUGUUCAAGGUCUGCAAGAGAAAAUUGUCGCGGACAUCGAUAUGACAGACUCCCUCUUGAAACGGACAUUCGGCAAUUUUCUUCAGGAAAUUGCAGCCGGGAUAGGGUAUCUUCAAGAUACUUUAUCUGUGGCUUUGUCAAAUGCGCGAAUGGAAACGGGUGUUCUCGAAACGGAUAUACGGAACGUUUCAAGCCAGGUGAGGGUCCUCCAGAGAAUAUUGCAGUCGAUGCAUGAAGAUGCAAUUAUAAGAAGCCAGGACGAAUUACUGGCGCAAGAGACCAACGCCGUGGCCACCAGAGAUCUUGCAUCCUCGUUGCGCCUAUCACUCCAAUCGAUUCUUGAUUCUGAUAUAAACAAAAUAUACCAUGAGAUGCAUAGGUUUGACGCCGCCAUGGAAUGGCUGGCCAUCCGAAUGAAUAUGAUCCUUGAGCAAGAGAAUCGUAUGACCGAGCGACUCCAAAGUAUGGAAACAUAUGUGCAGCAAUCCGAAUUGAAAGCGAAUGAGCUGCAGAAGGCCCAAGACAAACACGCAGAAGCGCUUUCUGCACAAUCACAAACACAAGAAGCCAUUCAAUUCCACGCGCAAGUUUCACAGACAUUGUUGAGCAAAGUCAGUGCUUCAGCUGCCAACUUGCAAUCGGUCAUUGACGAUGCGGCCUUCAAAUUCAAAUACGGGCCAGGUUUCACCAUUGGGGGAUACUCCACGUGGUAUAUCUGCGCUAUUCUCAUCGUGAUAAUCGCAGUUCAGAAUAUGAAGACUGCAAUUGCUUUAUUCUUUCUAUUCUUAGGACAUUCCGUUGCUUUAAUUGCCUGGAAAUUCUUCACUUAUACCACCACCAUGAUCCCGAAGCCUUUUGAUACCCUUCAUUGA